CGACGUCGACUGCGCAAACCAACACGCCAGUUCUACCACGUAGAAUACGUAGGUCCGCGAUCGCGAGCAUUCAGGAGACGUAGCCGUGGGUAACUCAGCACCACCCCUUGCCUGAAAAAAUACAGUACUCAGUUGGCCAAGCCAGAUGUGCUGCACACUCCGUAGACGUAGUUCUCACCUGGUGCAGUCUCUCACGUCUUUACCGGAGCACAGCUAGAGAUAAUUGCGACCAAAGUGAGGAAGGAGGCAAAAGGAAGAAACUCUGGCUUCAUCACAGCACCAGUCUCUCUUCGAAAAAGAGGCCAUGGCGAGCGUCGGCCCAGGAGCUGUGGAGGUAGCGAGUGGCGAGGAGGUCCAGCGAAGGCCGGCUGGAGCGCCCAAGUCGGGCUAUCAUGCCGACAUGCAUCAAGAUUCUGGCGCUGGAUCUGUGGCCUGCACGCUGGUCCUAACCUUCAUUUCCUACAUUUUGGUGGCUCUGUUCUUCCCGCUUUCGCUCGCCUUCACAAUCAAGAUCGUGACGGAAUAUCAGAGAGUCGUCAUUCUGCGUCUUGGAAGAGUUAUUGGUGGUCGUGCCAAAGGACCAGGUUUGUUCUUCAUCUUGCCUUGCCUUGAUGAGCUGAAGCAAGUGGAUCUGCGUACCGUGGUGUACGAUGUACCUCCGCAAGAGAUCUUGACGAAGGACAGCGUAACGGUCACGGUGGACGCCGUACUUUACUUUCGCAUCUUCCAGCCCAUCCUGUCAGUCACCAAUGUGACGGAUGCUGGCCACAGCACGUGGCUACUAGCACAGACGACGCUGCGUAACGUGCUAGGCACGAAGAGCCUGCAGGAGCUGCUUUCCCAGCGCGAGCAGAUUAGCCAAGAGAUGCAGAAUAUUCUUGAUGAGGCCACCGAUCCUUGGGGAGUGCGUGUGGAACGUGUUGAGGUGAAAGAUGUUCGCCUGCCGAAGCAGCUGCAAAGGGCAAUGGCGGCUGAAGCUGAAGCCGCCAGAGAAGCUCGGGCUAAGGUCAUUGCUGCGGAGGGAGAGCAGAACGCCUCACGCGGCCUCAAGGAGGCAGCCAACAUCAUGAACCGUAGCAAGGGAGCCAUGCAGCUGCGCUACCUGCAGACGCUGACGUCGGUCGCCGGUGAAAAGAACCACACCAUCAUGUUCCCACUGCCGCUGGACCUCGUCAACCGCGUCCUGGACAGCCUGGGUGGCGGCGGCGCGAGGCAGUAGCUGAUAAUCAUAGUGCCUGGUCCAUGCCAUUGUGUUCUAUAGUUGGGUUCAUGCGUGAAGAUAUCGGUUUGUUGUUCUUCACAGUUCGAAAAUUCGUAGAAGCUGUCUUUACUGUCCUGGAAGACGUUUUCAACUUUCCGAGCCGAUCCUGGUGUGUCUACGUUUACACCUUUCCUCGUUUCUCUCUUCUUUGCCUGGGGUCUGGUUUUUGUUACUUGUACUUUCUGUUGAAACAGUGCAUGUAGUAGUAGCAUAGGUAGGUGGUGUAAUCAAUACCAAAGGUCUAUACUUUGUGCGAAUUCCUUGAGUUGACAUUUUGGUUAAGAAGUCAACGCAACAU